AUGGCCAUCCUCUGCCCACACCGCAAUUCUGCCCCGCGGCGCCAGCAAUUCGAGGGUAGCGCCAAGGAAUUGCAACACUUUCGCAAUGCACACACAGCGCAAUAUGAGAAUCAAUUCAAAAUAUGGGGAUUUCGCAAGAAACAGGCAGCUCAGAAAUGGGUGGACGCACAGAGAUGUGUGGAAAAGCGAAAAAGAGAUCGCAAGGAGAGCAUCCUCUACAUUGAUGGUGUCAUGAUCCCACAGAAAAAAAUCCGUAAGGAGUUUUCGCGGCACUUCCCUACUGCACAAGAGCGUUAUGGCCAAGCACCGAGUCCAAAAACGCCAGAGGGAUUUUACAUUUGCACACCCCCUGCUAUUUCGCCUAACAACUAUCUGUUAAGUAGUCUCCCUUGGUUCCAGUUCCAGACCAUCAUUGAUCCUGGAGUCAGCCACUACCCAGAUCUAGCCGGCAUUGCAGCUGAUUUGCUUGUCUCGUCUACCAAAACCGUCCCUAUCUCAACAUCGAACGCCCACGGCUCAAGAGACUCAACGCCUGGCGCAUCUGGAGAAAAUACGUCGCUUCUGGCUUCCUGGGCUACGAGUACGACGCUUACCGGGCGCGCCAAUAGUAUCCGGAACAUCCAUUCUCGUUUGCGUGCUGUACUGCCAGAGCAACUCGAUGGAGAGUUUCCACCGGGCGUCAGCAAACCGCAGGGUCUUAUCAAGCUGGGUGCAAGCCCUCAACAACUCAGUCUCGCUCUGUAUUUGAUAUCGAACAACAUGUUACCAGCUGAAAACACCAACACGAUGAUCGAAUAUCUUCAGCAGCAGAGAAACUUGCAACUCCUUAGGUCUCUACUCUCUACAAAAGCAUCAGCAAUUAAAGCUUUUGCAGAAAAGCUUCUCAUAGCUGCCGCAAAAGUCGGUAAUGGUAUGAUUAUCCGGGAGAUUCUCGAAGCUGGCAUAGACCCAAAUGUAUGGGAGAUGAGCGAAAGAAGGACACCUCUUUAUUAUGUCGUUGAAACGGGUAGUAUUGAGUUGGUUGAAGCUCUUCUGGAUGCCGGUGCAGAUGUUAACGCCCAAGCAACCGCUGAUGAAGAAGAAGAAGAAGUACUAGGGAGGUCUCCUCUCCAAGAGGCUGUCUCGACAAAAAACAUUGAGUUAGUUCGAUUUCUGUUAGCUGCAGGUGCAGAUGUCAACGCCCCAGCCUUUCUUGAUGAAGGAAUGACCGCACUUCAAAUUGCAGCCCAAAAAGACCACCCAGAGCUAGUUAGGAUUCUUUUAGAUGCUGGUGCAGAUGUUGAUGCACCAGCAAGUAUUUGGGAAGGGACCGCCCUUUAUCUAGCAGCUAUGAACGGCAGCAUUGAAGUAACUGAUCUUCUUCUUAUUGCUGACGCAGAUGUCAAUUAUUUAUCAGGAUGUCAACCAGCACUUCAAGUGGCAGUUGAGGGAGGCAACAUUGAGGUGAUUCAAAGUCUGCUAGCUGCUGGUGCAUGUGUUGAUGCUGUAGGAGAUGGAUGUUAUGGAAUAACAGCCCUCCAAACGGCAGCUGAAGACGGCUAUAUUGAGGCGGUUCAAGUUCUGUUAACUGUGGGCGCAGAUGUCAACGCCCCACCAAGUGCGUAUGAUGAGGGGAAAACGGCACUGCAAGCAGCAGCUGAGAAAAAUCACUUCGAACUGGUUCAGAUUCUUCUAGAUGCUGGUGCAGAUAUCAAUGAUCCAGGAGCUAAGACACUCGGAAACCCUGCACUUACACGUGCAGCAGCAGCAGGGAACAUUGAGAUGGUACACUUUCUUUUGGCCGCUAAUGCAGACGUAAAUGUCCCAGGAAAUGGCUAUGCGGACACAACGGCCCUCCAAGCAGCAGCUCGGCAAGGCAGUAUUGAGAUGAUUCGAAUUCUGUUAAUUGCCGGCGCAGAUGUCAACGCUCGAGGAGAUUCUCUGUUCGGAGACACAGCACUCCAAGCUGCAGCUCAGAGAGGCCACUUUGAGCUAGUUCAGAUUCUUCUGGCUGUUGGUGCAGAUGUUAAUGCCCCAGCGGCUCGCAAUCGAAGAACAGCUCUUCAGAUAUCAGCUGAUGGAGGUAGUGUUACGAUGGUUCAAUUUCUUCUAGGUGCUGGUGCGGAAGUCAACGCUCCCCCGGCUUCUGCUGAUAAUUGCAGAAAAUACUUCGAUAACUUUGUAGGAACAGCUCUUCAGGCAGCAGCCAAGAGAGGUAAUAUUGAGAUGGUUCAAGUUCUUCUAGAUGCUGGGGCAGAAGUGAAUGCUCCGCCGGCUUCUGGUCAUGGAAUAACUGCACUUCAAGCAGCAGCAUACAGCGGGGAUUUCAAACUCGUUCAAUUACUUCUAAAUCUUGGAGCAGAUGCUAAUACCUCAGCAAUUCAUCACAAAGGCACAGCUCUUCACAAAGCAGUUGCAGAAGACAACGUCAAACUGGUUCAACUCUUACUAGCUGCUUAUGCAGAUAUUAACGCCCUCACAACUUGUGUUAAUUAUGAAAGAACAGUGCUUGAGACAGCAAUUCAGAACAACAAUAUUAGGAUGGUUCAACUUCUUCUAAAUGCUGGUGCAGAUAUCAAAACCCCAGCACCUGAUGAUAAGGAGGUUAAUUAUGAUAAUUAUAGUCGGAGAAGGAAUGCCCUUCAAAAAGCAGCUGAGAAAGGCGAUAUUGAGAUUGUUCAACUUCUCCUAGAUGCGGGUGCGGAAGUUAAUGCCCCGCCAGUCUCCUGGGGCGGGGUGACUGCACUUCAAGUCUCUGCAAUCAAGGGCUAUCUUGGGAUCGCCCUGAUUUUGCUCGAUGCUGGUGCGGACGUCAACGCGCAGGGAUCAAGGUGGUUCGGAAGAACAGCACUGGAGGGAGCUGCGGAGCACGGCCGGAUCGACGUGGUCCAGCUACUAUUAAAUGCUGGUGCUGAACUUCAUGGCUCUGGAAAGACGCAAUACAGAAGAGCAGUGGAACUUGCAUCAAAGCAUGGCCAUCAUGCCGUUAGGAAGCUGAUUCAGGCUCACCAUGAUUGUGGAAGAGAUGAAUGA